AUGCUGUUAAAAGAACAAAACGGUGUCCUACUCUUCCGCGGAAAGAUCACUUCAGUCACACGACAGAUUGCUAGGGGAUUUACUAGAGGCAGUGUCCUUCUCUCCUCUUUUGACGGCAACACCUCAUCCAGCACUUCGCUUUUUGUCGAAUUCGAAAACGAGAACCUCUGCGCUGUCCUAAAACAAGAAGGACAACAAGACAAAGCCAUCGCAGUAGUUCCGGACAUCAUCUGUUUCCUAGACAUUGCCAAUGGUGCCCCAUUGGGAAUCUCAGACUACAAGUUCGGGCUGAGAGUCAGUGUUGUUGCGCUGAGAGCGCCGCCAAUCUGGGCAACGGAGAAGGGAUUGAAAAUGGGCGGGCCAUCAGCAUUUGGACUCAAUGUGGAAUACAAGCCUGUCGGCACUGAGGCAUAUGAGGCCCCGAAGAGCGUUUGGGAGAUGUUUGGGGCGGAAUAA